AUGUGGGGGAAAGUGCCAUUUCAGCGGACUCGCAAACCCUCAGGGGACAAUCCAUCGUCAAAAGAUGUUCAAGGGUAUCAGACAGCGCCGCCCACUGCCCAAACUCGCGCUGCGAAAGCGUUGCCAUCCUCCCAACUAACCGCGCCUCAACCGGAGCACCAUCCACGGGUAGCGUCUUCAGUCUAUUCGAGAGACACCGUUAUUUUGGAUCAUCACCGCCAACGCUCAAUCAGCGAUACAUAUCAGUUUCCUCCGCAGCUUCACCCUCCGGCCACGGCUGGUGCCCACUCUCAAGGAACGGGGAGUGUCGAUGUGUCUCCUCCCGACUCUCCAAUUAGCCGGGUCCACAGCCAUGAUAGCUCACGAGUUUCCCCUAUAGAAGAUGCAACCAUGCAAGCGACUCAUCCUAGAGGAACUGGGAGCAAAUUCGCAAGCCAAAUACCUGUCCCGCGGAUGCGUGUCGAUUCGCAGCCUGGCCAACAGCCACCAAAUCCGACGCCGAGAGCUAAAGCAACCCGAUGGGACGAUUUCUCCGGGGAGCCAACAACGAGUAAUCAAGGUAGAUACGCGCAGGCUACUCCUAGCAGUGUUUCUUUUGAAAGACACGCAUCUAGCGCCACCCCUCAGUCCACCAGCUCAAAGAUUAUCGGUUGGGGCAAGGAACAGCUCAACUCGAGGAGGAAACCAUCCGAAUCCCGUAAUCGAUACUUCUACGAAGCGACUCCUUUUGCUCCACGGGAACCAUGGAGAGGCCAAAGUGGUCGAUCAGUAACAAUAAACCCGAUCGAAGAGAAGCCAAGGAACCGCUCUUCAUCCCGUCUACGCUUGUCGAGGAGCAACGAUCGCUUAAGAGAAAUGAAUACCCCGUCGCCUGUCGCGGAUAUAGGGGCCGGAACAGUAACCACGACAAUAACAGCUGGCGAACAAAACCGUCAGCCCCAACCUCGAAUUCGCAGUCGCACAAAUACGUAUGAUGCAGAGGCUGAGCCAGCAAGCAGAAGACCGAGGAACACUAGCGCCGUCGGCGGCACUGCCCCGCCGCGCGUCGAUCUGACAUCGGGGCCUCCGCUGAGCGCCAGCCUAACUGAUUUAACGCUGGCUGAGGAUGACGUCGACGAACCCACAAGUCGCUUCAGUGUCACGACCUACAAUCCUACCGAAGCUGGAAGCCCAACUCCAAGCACCCGGAACAGCAUCACCCCGAGCCCGCCGGCGAGUAUCAUCGAAACAGCGUCCCAACCCAGCGAAACCACGCCCUCAGUCAUGUCUCGGUCUCGCCCUGUUCCCAGCAUGAUGGCGCCUGGAAAGCGACCCAUCAGAAAGCCCACUCCCUCUGAAGUGCCCUCGGAGAAGGCGCUUCCCCCGAAUCCGUCAGAAAUGACCGCCCAGGAUCGCAUAGAAAUGCUGGAAGCAAAGAGGAACGACCUCGUGCGCCGCAGAAUGAAUAUCAACACGAUCAUCAACGAGUUGACGCAAGUCAUCCAACCGAGUUCGGUCGCCUACGACAUGGCUGCUCGCGAGGAGGUCAAGAAGACAGUUACGAGUCUUAAUACCGAACUGGCCGAAAUCAAGAAGGAAGAGCAUGAUAUCGGCUUGAAGAUACUCCGCGCCUGGAAGAAGCGCGAAAAGGAGGAUGUAUAUGGCCAAAGCAGCAGCUUAUGGGUCAAGAGAGUGACCAGUUGA